AGACUUAUCACAUAUCUCUCAGUAAAAAAACAAACAUGUUUUUACUUAUGGGUUAUUUUCUGUUGUCAUUUAGCUGCAGUAUGUAUUUUCAUUCGGGGAUCCCCACCCACCACGUUCCCAUGCCACCCUGCCAAAACCUUCUGCCACCCAAUAUAAACAUUUCUAGAUCUGCCACUUCUGUAUUCUGAUUCACCACUUUGUAAAAUGUAUCCCUUCGGACUCUGAAUUAACAAUGGUUGGCUGUAUUGUCGGUGUGUCUUUGAUUGUUUUAAUUACUUGUUACAACGGCACCCACGUGCUGUAACGCGAUCUUUAGACCCAUCCGCUCCCACUCCUAAAAUAACUCCUUCCCACAGCCACAUUUAACACAAGGAAUAAAAGGCACUGUACCACUUUAGCACUCAUGCUGCUCUAAGUCAGUGUCAAAUACUGGCUCUGUGUGUGUGUGUGUGUGUGUGUGUGUGUGUGUGUGUGUGUGUGUGUGUGGUGUGUCUCCCUAUGAGUUCUCAUAAGCCAACCCAGCUCUGAGGACAUUGUGAUUAACGGUUGAAGUGAUCUCAUUGACAUUUCAGAUUAGCACUCUCUGCAGGGCUCCCCUGCCUUGUCUCCCUGCGAGGGUCUCUAUCACUAAUAUAGGAUUAAGAUAGCACUUUAAGUGAGGAUGAUGAUGGUCAGCGACGACUGUUUGGUGGAGUGUAAGAUUGAUGAUGACAGUGAUGUGGACAAUGGAGAAGAACAAAUAAACACGCCUCCUCCUCCUCCAGAGUUUGCAUCCAAAGCCGCGACUCCAGUGCCUGAAUCUUCAACCCCUCCCACAGCCCCUGCUACGCCUAUGCCCACCUGUCCUGUCAACAGGGACCCUCAUGGCAUCAACCAGCACCUCAAGGUGGAGGUUAGUGAUGUUCUGGCAGAGCCCGCCACGCCUCGUAGCACAGACCAAGUGUGGCUUUACAGUGUUGUUGGUUUCGAGUGGGCACGAAUCUGGACGUACCGCUGCCUCUCCUUUCUGCUUGCUGUGCCCUUUGCUCUUCUGUGUGGUAUUUCCCUGGCCAUUCUAGCCUGUCUACAUGUCUGGUUUGUGGUGCCUUGCAUACAGCUGAGCAACACCUUCCUUCCAUGCCUGCGCUCCUUGUGUAUGUGUACUGUGAAUGCUUUUAUCUCUCCCUUCUGUACGUCUCUUGCUCUCUGCUGCAGUCAAAUCGCCAUUUCACUGUCAAACAAGGACUGGCACCAAAUGAAAGACAAAGAGACUGUAUGAACUUGAGACAUAACAAGUGAGUGAGUGAGUGAGUGAGUGAGUGAGUGAGUGAGUGAGUGAGUGAGGGAGAGAGGGAGAGAGGGAGGGAGAUAAGGAGAGAGGGAGAGAGGGAAGGAGGGAGUUAGAUAACUUCAUUUUAAUAAAUUUGAUGUCUUUUUUGUUUUUGUUUUAAAUGGCAUGGUUCUGCAAGAUUGUAUGUUAAUGCUAUUUGACAUGUUUUCUACACAUAAAGCCAAUUCAUAUACAACAUAUUAUUAUUAUGCUUAUUAAAAGA